AUGCGCGGUGCGGGUCGCUCCCUGUGACGUAGCCUGUUUGUGUGCGGGGUGUGCGCGUGCCGUCAGUUGCUCGGGUGUUCGGCAGCCUGUUACCGGGGCAACGCGGAGGCGGGAGACGCGGAGCCAGAGUGGCCCCUUGGCCGGGCUGGCGCGAGAGGCCUCGGGAUGCAGCUGCGGCACGUGCGGACGCUGCUCACCCCCCAGGAUGGUGCUGCAAAGGUCACCUGCAUGGCUUGGUCCUACAACAAUGCCAAGUUUGCUGUCUGCACUGUAGACAGGGUCGUGCUUCUGUAUGAUGAACACGGAGAGAGACGGGACAAAUUUUCCACCAAGCCUGCUGAUACAAAGUAUGGCAGGAAGAGCUACAUGGUGAAAGGCAUGGCGUUCUCUCCUGACUCCACCAAAAUCGCCAUUGGACAAACAGACAACAUCAUUUACGUCUACAAGAUCGGAGAGGAAUGGGGUGAUAAGAAGGUGAUCUGCAACAAGUUCAUUCAGACGAGCGCAGUGACCUGUUUGCUGUGGCCAGCAGAGAACAUCAUUGUCUUUGGACUCGCCGAGGGGAAGGUUCGUUUAGCAAAUACAAAGACCAACAAGUCCUCCACCAUUUAUGGGACAGAUUCUUUUGUGGUCUCAUUAACCUCCAAUGUAUCUGGGAAGGGGAUCCUGUCUGGCCAUGCAGAUGGAACCAUUGUGCGCUACUUCUUUGAUGACGAAGGCUCAGGUGAAUCACAGGGUAAAUUGGUGACGCACCCCUGCCCUCCAUAUGCCCUCACCUGGGCUUCCAGCAGUGUCGUGGCUGCAGGCUGCGAUAAGAAGAUUAUAGCUUAUGGAAAGGAAGGCCACAUAAUUCAAACCUUUGAUUAUAGCCGGGACCCCUUGGAGAAGGAGUUCACCACAGCAGUCACUAGCCCCGGGGGCCAGUCAGUCGUCAUUGGCAGCUACGACAGGCUGAGGGUGUUGAACUGGAGCCCCCGCAGGAGUGCCUGGGAGGAAGCCAAACCCAAAGAAAUCGCACACCUUUACACAAUCACAGCCUUAGCAUGGAAGAGGGAUGGCUCGAGGCUCUGUGCGGGCACCCUUUGUGGAGGGGUGGAGCAGUUUGAUUGCUGCCUGCGCAGGACCAUUUACAAGAAUAAAUUUGAAAUGACAUAUGUGGGGCCGAGCCAGGUCAUUGUGAAGAACCUCUCCACAGGAACCCGAGUGGUGCUGAAAUCCCACUAUGGCUAUGAGAUUGAUGAGGUGAAGAUUUUGGGGAAGGAGAGGUAUCUUGUGGCCCAUACCUCAGAUACACUGUUGCUGGGGGAUCUCAACUCCAACAAGCUCAGUGAGGUGGCCUGGCAAGGAUCCGGAGGGAACGAGAAGUUUUUCUUUGACAACGAGAACGUCUGCAUGAUCUUCAAUGCCGGAGAGCUGACUUUAGUGGAAUAUGGAAGCAAUGAAAUUCUGGGAUCUGUCCGCACAGAGUUUAUGAACCCUCAUCUCAUCAGCGUUCGCAUCAAUGAGAGAAGGCAAAGAGGGAUGGAGGAGAACAAGAGACUGGCAUAUCUUAUCGACAUCAAGACUAUAGCAGCAGUGGAUCUUGUUGGUGGCUACAACAUUGGCACUAUCAGCCAUGACAGCAAGAUUGACUGGCUGGAGCUGAAUGAGACGGGCCACAAGCUUCUCUUCAGGGACAAGAAGAUGAGGUUGCAGCUUUAUGACAUUGAGAGCAGCACCAAGACCACGAUCCUGAGCUAUUGCUCCUAUGUGCAGUGGGUCCCAGGCAGUGAUGUGGUGGUGGCUCAGAACAGAAACAGCCUCUGCAUUUGGUACAACAACGAUGCCCCAGAGCGAGUGACCAUGUUCCCGCUGAAGGGGGAUAUCGUGAACCUGGAGCGGAGCAAUGGGAAGACUGAGGUGAUAGUGGCAGAAGGGGUGAACACGGUGUCCUACAUGCUGGACGAGGGGCUCAUUGAGUUUGGAACAGCCAUUGAUGAUGGGGACUAUAGCAGGGCGGCUGCCUUCUUGGAGACGCUGGAAAUGUCCACGGAGACCGAAGCCAUGUGGAAGACCCUAAGCAGACUGGCCCUGGAGGCCAAGCAGCUGCACAUCGCUGAGAGAUGCUUCUCAGCGCUGGGCCACGUGUCAAAGGCGCGAUUCCUGCAUGAAACCAAUGAGAUCGCCGACCAGGUGGCCAAGGAAUAUGGUGGGGACGGCACAGAUUAUUACCAGGUGCGUGCCCGCCUAGCCAUGCUGGAGAAGAAUUACAAGCUGGCAGAGAUGAUCUUCCUGGAGCAGAACGCGGUGGAGGAGGCCAUGGAAAUGUACCAGGAGCUGCACAUGUGGGACGAGUGCAUCGUGGUGGCAGAGGCCAAGGGGCACCCGGCGCUGGACACGCUGCGCCGGGGCUAUUACCAGUGGCUGUUGGACACGCAGCAAGAGGAGAAGGCUGGGGAGGUGCAGGAGAGCCAAGGGGAGCACCUGGCCGCUGUGGGCCUGUACCUGAGGGCCGGACUGCCGGCCCGAGCCGCUCGGCUGGCCAUGGCUCGGGACCAGCUCCUGGCCAAUGGGGAUGUCAUGAACCGCAUCACCACCGCGCUGAUCAAAGGGGAGCUGUACGAGCAGGCUGGAGACCUGUUUGAGACGAUCAGGAACCCCCAGAAGGCUCUGGAGUGUUACCGCAAGGGCUGCGCCUUCCUGAAAGGCUGUACAUCAUGGUGGAGGAACCUGAUCUGGCGAUCACCAUGUAUAAAAAGUGUAAGAUGUAUGAUGAGAUGAUUCGCCUGGUAGCAAAGUACCACAAGGACUUGCUGAGUGACACACACCUGCAUCUGGGGAAGGAGCUGGCGGCUGAGGGCCUCUGGCAGGAGGCUGAGUACCACUACCUGGAAGCCAAGGACUGGAAGGUCACAGUGAACAUGUACAGAGUGAAUGACAUGUGGGAGGAAGCGUACAGGGUAGCCAAGGCCCACGGGGGGGCGAAUUCUUACAAGCAUGUGGCCUAUCUGUGGGCAAAGAGCCUUGGAGGGGAAGCUGCCGUGAAACUCCUCAAUAAGUUUGGGCUUCUGGAAAUGGCUAUCGACCAUGCAACAGAUAAUGGCGUCUUUGACUUUGCGUUCGAACUGGCCCGGCUCUCGCUGAAGCAGAAGACACCCGAGAUCCACUUGAAGUACGCCAUGUUCCUGGAGGACGAGGGCAAGUUCGAAGAGGCCGAGGCUGAGUUCAUUAAAGCUGGGAAGCCCAAGGAAGCGGUGCUAAUGUUUGUCCACAACCAGAACUGGGACGCUGCCCAGCGCGUGGCUGAGGCCCACGACCCGGACAGCGUGGCCAACGUGCUCGUGGGACAGGCUCGCUUCGCCUUUGAGCAGAAGGAAUUCCAGAAAGCAGAGGCCUUCCUCCUGCGGGCCCAGCGGCCAGAGCUGGCCGUGAAAUAUUACAAGGAGGCCGGCAUGUGGAGCGACGCCCUGCGGACCUGUAAGGAGUACGUCCCCAGCCGGCUGGAGGUGCUGCAGGAGGAGUACGACAAGGAGGCUGCCAAGAAAGGGACCAGAGGCGUGGAGGGCAUGCUGGAGCAGGCCCGGCAGUGGGAGCAGGCUGGGGAAUACGCCAGGGCUGUGGACUGCUACCUGAAGGUACAGGAUCCCAGUAACAGCCUGCUGGUGGAGAAGUGCUGGCUGAAGGCAGCUGAGCUGGCCAUUAAAUUCUUGGGCCAGCCUCGGAGUGUGGAGGUGACGCGGCUGGUGGGACCCCAGCUGGUGGCCAUGAAGAAGUACAGCGCGGCAGCUGAGCUCUACCUCAACCUGGACCUCAUCCGAGAAGCCAUUGAUGNCCCCCUGCAAGGGCACCCUUGGUUUGGCUGCCAACAAAGUCUCCUUCUGCCCGGCAGGUCGGAGGAGUACGUGGACCAGCGCUAUAAGGAGUAUUUAAAGCAUCAGGGCAAAGUAGAUUCGCUAGUGGGGGUGGAUGUCAUGGCUGCCCUGGACAUGUAUGCGGAGCGGGAGCAGUGGGAGAAGUGCCUGGAGACCGCGGCCAAGCAGAAUUAUAAGGUCCUGCACAAGUACGUCGCUCUGUACGCAACCCACCUCAUCCGGGAAGGCAGCUAUGACAAAGCACUGAGCCUGUAUGUCCAGCACGGAGCCCCUGCCAACCUGCAGAAUUUCAACAUCUACAAGCGUCUCUUUGUGGAGAUGGUGAACGCGCCCGGCAUGAACAGCACCGAGGCCUAUCCCAGCUGGGCCGACCUGCGCGACAUCCUCUUCAACCUGUGUGAGAACCUGGUGAAGUCCAGCGAAGCGAACACCCCCGCGCACGAGGAGUUUGAGACCAUGCUGCUGAUAUCGCACUACUAUGCCACCCGCUCCGCCGCGCAGGGUGUGAAGCAGCUGGAUGUGGUGGCGGCCAAGCUCUCCAUCUCCCUGCUGCGCCACACCGAGCUCAUCCCCGCAGACAAGGCCUUUUAUGAAGCUGGCACAGCAGCCAAGGUAAGAGGCAGCCUGAUAUGCAGGAGCCAGUGGCAGCAGGGCCUGGUCACCUGGCUCCCAUGGGCUCUCUGUCUGCAGUGGGGGAGUGGGUCCUUCUCUGGCAGCUUUCCCUCCGUCCCUCCCUCCCUCCCUCCCUCCAUCCAUCCUGCCCCCACCAUCCACCAGCCCCUCGGCAAAUGUGGCUGCAAAUGCCCCUCCUCGGGGGUUCUCCAUGAGCACGUAUCCUGUGGGGCAUGA